ACAAGAGCGAUUUCGUUCUCUUAUUCCUAGUUACAUCCGCAAUAUCUCCGGCACUAUAGUUGUGUAUGAUAUUACAUCUCGAGCUUCGUUUCUUGGGACAUUUAAGUGGAUUGACGAGGUACGGGCUGAACGAGGGGAUAGUGUUGUGAUCUUUCUUGUUGGAAAUAAGUUGGAUGCGCAGGAGAAGCGCGUAGUGAGCACGGAAGAGGCCCAAAAGAAGGCGGAAGAGUACAACCUUGUGUUUAUGGAGGUUAGUGCUAAGCAAGGAAAAAACGUCAAGGCACUCUUUAGAAAAAUGGCGGAGGCUCUCCCUUUGCCGGACGACAACGCGAGUGGUAUUGGUAAGAAAGGGAAUGGUGUGGGUGACAGUAGCGGCCAGCCGGUUGUGUUGGGCAAACAGCGGGAUCCAUUUCUCCUCAACCCAUCGCGGCUUCCACAAAGUGAUCGUAAUGGAUUGCAAACCAACAACAACAACAACAACAACAACAACAGGGGCAAUGAUGACACCAACGGAUUCGCGAAUUAUAGGCAGGGAAGAUGCUGUUGA